AUGCACCAUAUCCCUCCACAGUUCGAAGGUGCGUUAUCCAGCUAUGCCUGUUGCCCUAUCCUCAGAAGCAAAUUCAACCAUUCCACGCUGCUAUUUUAUACAUUCUGGAUUAUCCUUGGAGUGCUGAUGUUUCCCGGCUGUGUGCAAUGCCUAAAUUUUAAAGUUGGAGUGAUUGGGCCUUGGAACUGUGACCCUGUCUACUCCAAAGCGCUACCUGCGGUCGCAUCAACUUUAGCCAUUUCUAGGAUAAACAACGAUUUAAGUUUAGAUUUGGGCUGUAAAAUGGACUUUGUGGUGCUUCAAGAGCCAUGUGAAACGGCGAAAGCUCUGACCUCAUUUAUAGACUACGAACGAGUAGCCAACGCUUUUGUAGGCCCCGCAAACCCCGGAUACUGCAACGCAGCAUCCCUUCUGGCCAAGAACUGGGAUAAAGCACUUUUCUCGUGGGCUUGCAUCAAUUAUGAGCUGCACCGCGUUCAGGGCUACCCAACCUUUGCCCGGACUUUGCCGUCUCCAGCGCGGGUACUUUUCACUGUUCUGAGGUAUUUUAGGUGGGCUAGCAUUGCCGUCGUAUCUUCAAAGGAGGAUAUGUGGGUGGAUACCGCUGGCAAAGUGGCCAGCUCUCUCAGGAGUCAAGGGCUUCACGUGGGCAUCGUCGUGUCUGCUGGGAAUAAUGACACAGAGCUAGAGGAUACACUAAGGAACAUCCAGAGCGCAGGAGAAAUAAAAGUUAUUGUUAUGUGCAUGCAUUCGCUGCUGAUUGGCGGGGAGCAGCAAAACAGCUUCCUGCUCAAGGCCUAUGACAUGGGCCUUACCAAUGGGCGCUACAUCUUUAUACCAUACGAUGCUCUCCUGUACAGCUUGCCCUAUGCCGAUACUGCUUACUUUUCGAUGUUGAAUAACACCAAGUUACGCAAAGCAUAUGAUGCCGUGCUUACCAUCACAGUCUCGUCAGAGCUGAAGUCUUUCAACCAGGCAUUCAUUGAGGCGAGAGGACAGGGAGAGGUGAUCAUGUCAUCUGAUCCACAGCAGGUUUCUCCACUUUUUGGUACAAUCUACAAUGGUCUUUACCUCAUCGCCAAAGCCAUGCACAGUGCCAGGAGAGCUGGCCAGUGGCUCUCGGGAACUAACCUGGUCUUUUUCACCCGGAAUAUGACGUUUGCUGGCUUCAACCAGGACAUCCAGAUAGACACCCAGGGUGACGUGCAGACCAACUAUGUGAUUUUGGACACAGAUGGCUGGGGGAAUUACCUGUACCUCUGCUACCUUGUGGACUUGGCCUCUGGCGUGGUGCAGUUUGCGGGCAAGUCCAUUCACUACCCAGGAGGUUCCCCUCCCUCUCCAGACCCCAACUGCUGGUUCAGUCCAGACACUGUCUGCACUGGAGGUGUGGAAAUAAUUUCUGUCAUCAUAGUGUUUGCAAUUGUCUUCACUUUCACUGGGGGUGCCAUUGGUUUGACACUUUUUAUAAGGAGGAGAAUUCAGCAGCUCCAGCUUAUGAAAGGACCCAAUCGGAUCCUGCUCACUGUAGAAGACCUUACCUUCAUCAAUCCACAGCUAAGCAAAGGGAAAAUCACCUUGGAGGACCUGAGUGAGUCAAAAAGUGUCAUUGACGAGAAGAGCACAAAAUCAGCUGACCGCUCCCACUCUGUCGUCAGUCUGACCACAGCAACGCACAAGACCUCCAAUGUGGCUGUCUAUGAGGGUGAUUGGGUAUGGCUUAAGAAGUUUCAGGAUGGUCAAUUCAAGGAGGUGAAGCAAAGUGCCACCAAAAUAUUCCAAAAGAUGAAGGAUCUUCGGAAUGAGAAUGUUAACCCUUUUCUGGGGUUCUUCUCUGACUGCAACACGUUUGCCAUGGUUACUGAGCACUGCUCCAGGGGAAGUCUGCAUGAUCUGCUGCGCAAUGAUGAUGUGAAGCUGGACUGGAUGUUUAAGUCGUCCUUGCUUCUGGACCUCAUCAAAGGAAUGAAAUACCUUCACCACCGAGAUUUCCCUCAUGGACGACUAAAGUCUCGUAACUGUAUAGUGGAUGGACGAUUUGUCCUAAAAAUCACAGAUUACGGCUUCGUUGAGCUUCUUGAAUCCCAGAAAGCUCCAAAAGAGGAGGUACCGCCUGAAGAUUUGUUUUGGACAGCUCCUGAGCUUCUCAGAGACCUUGAGAACUCAAGAAAAGGAACAUAUAAAGGUGAUGUGUAUAGCUUUGCCAUCAUACUCCAAGAGGUGGUAGUUCGUGGGGCUCCGUACUGCAUGCUUGGGCUGUCUCCCGAAGAGAUCAUCAGGAAAGUGAAAAAGCCUCCUCCUAUGUGUAGGCCCACAGUAGCCCCAGACCAAGCACCUCUGGAGUGUAUCCAGCUGAUGAAACAGUGUUGGAGUGAGCUGCCUGACCGGAGGCCCUCCUUCAACGAAAUAUUCGACCAGUUCAAGCUAAUAAACAAGGGCAAGAAGACCAACAUCAUCGACUCCAUGCUGCGCAUGCUGGAGCAGUACUCGUCCAACCUGGAGGACCUGAUUAGGGAGCGCACGGAGGAGCUGGAGGUGGAGAAGCAGAGGACAGAGAAACUCCUGGCUGAGAUGUUGCCUCCAUCUGUAGCUGAGGCACUGAAAACUGGUGCCUCUGUGGAGCCAGAGUACUUUGACCAGGUCACCAUCUACUUCAGUGACAUAGUGGGCUUUACUACCAUCUCCUCACUCAGUGACCCAAUCGAAGUGGUGGACCUGCUCAACGACCUCUACACGCUGUUCGAUGCAGUACUGAGUAACCACGAUGUGUACAAGGUGGAAACCAUUGGAGAUGCCUACAUGGUGGCCUCGGGGUUGCCAAAGCGAAAUGGCAACAAGCACGCGGCCGAGAUCGCCAACAUGUCCCUCAACAUCCUUAGCUCCGUGGGGAGCUUCCAGAUGCGCCACAUGCCGGAUGUUCCAGUCCGGAUACGAAUAGGCAUUCACUCAGGGUCUUGUGUGGCAGGAGUUGUGGGGCUAACUAUGCCGAGAUACUGCCUUUUUGGUGAUACAGUCAACACUGCCUCUCGUAUGGAAUCUACUGGGCUGCCUUAUAGAAUUCAUGUGAACAUUAGCACUGUGAACAUUCUCCACUCUUUGAAUGAGGGGUACAAGAUCGAACUCAGAGGAAAGACAGAGUUGAAGGGUAAAGGCAUUGAACAAACAUACUGGCUCGUUGGGAAAACAGACUUUACAAAGCCAUUGCCAAAACCUCCUGAAAUUAAAGCAGGGGAGAAUUGGCAGGACAUGGUGACACACGAGAUCAAGCAGAUUUUCCGGAAGGCUAACAGGCAUGUGGACAGACUCAAGGUCUGA